AUGGCACCUUACGGUGCCCCCGUGCACAUCAAGCAGAAGGCAUUCGAUUCAUCGGGGCCGCGUCGGCGUGAGCGGGCGUUCGAGUCCAAAUGGUUAAGGGGUCACUACAUGGGACUUAGCAAUCUGCUUGAUGACGGCCACGUGAUCUAUGUCCCAGGCACAGAAGAUAGCAAGGAGAAGUUCAUUCACACGUUCCAUGACCACCAGAGCAACAGCUGCAGCUUGGUGAAGAACCUAAGCCCAGGCGGAAGAUCCCAGAAAAAAACUCCAGCUGCAGAGGUCGAGAUGAGGGCGUUGGACUUCACCAGGGAGGACUUGGAGGAGUAUGCGGCCCAACGAUCGAAGGCGUUGUUGGACAAGUGGGACUAUCAUGAGGCGUUGCGGUUGGUGGAUGAGCUGGCGGAGGCGAAGUUCUUUGAGGAUAGGACCUUCGGUGUAUGGAGGCAUGGUGGAGCAGUUGGUUGGACAACAGCGUUCAAGGAGUUCCCGGAUGUGGCGAAGGCGUUGGCUAAGCUGGUGUUGGAGCUGGAGCCGGAGGCUACCUUCACCGCUAUUUGCGUCAUGAGAAACUCUCAGCGAGGACAACAUCGAGAUAGCAAUAAUGACGAGAAGGCCAACAACUAUCUAGUACCGGUACGGCUACCGCGCUCGGGAGGAGGUUUGUGGGUUGAGCUAUCCCCAGGCGAUCGUGUUUGCGGACAAGUUGAGGAGCGGAGCGAUGACAAGGGGACAAGGCGCUAUGGACAUGUGCUGACCUUUGAAAUGGGAAGGGAUCCGAAAGUGUGUCCGAUCAAUGUGGUUGAGGAGGACGCCUACCAGGAGGACCUGACACCCAUAGCCGGCAAUGACCAGGAGUGGGAUAUGUUCUUGGAUGUAGAGGACGGAAUGGUCAAGGGCCCACUUGAAGUCACCCACACUGUGGAUCCCAAGGAUGCAAUGGCUCAUCCACCCCUGUGGAAGGAUGCUAUCGCCAAGGAAAUGAACACCGUCGAGGUCGCUAUUUCAAGAUUGCAAGUGGGGACGCCGGAAAGGAGAGAAUGGCUACAAAACCCGCGUGCACAACGGCUUCCAACGAAGAUGGUUUUUACGGUCAAGCCAAAUUCCAAGGCGGAGUUGACCAACAGGGACACAUGGGUGAAAAGGAAGGUUCGUCUCGUCGUCUGCGGGAACUUUGCAGCUUCGGAAGCUAUGUCACUAUACACAGAAGCCGCUCCUUCUGAAGCAGUACGCACUGGUUUGGUUAUAGCCAAGAGAGAGGGAUGGUCAGUCGGGAUCAUCGACAUAGUUGCCGCUUUCUUGAAGACCCCCAUUGGGAACGACGCAGAUGAUCCAGUCAUAAUCGCGACUCCUCCGAAGCUGCUACAGGAGCUGAACUUAAUCCAGGCUCACGAAUUGUGGGGUUUGGUGCGAGCUCUUUACGGCCUUAGGCAGUCUCCAGUCCUUUGGUCGCGGCACCGUGACAGGAGAAUGGAGGCUAUGAAGCCACCGGCUGGAUUUGCAAUGAGCCGUGGACGCACUAUCUCCAGCUGGUGGUCAGUACGGGAUAUGCGAGGGAGGCUGUCGGCAGUGAUUCUUAUAUACGUCGAUGACUACUUGGUCCUAGGACCCAAAAAGGUGAUCCAGAUGCUGACCGACAUGAUCCAGGAGGAGUGGGACACCUCGGACUUGAGCAUCCUUACGGAAGACAAUGCGGUGAAGUUUCUUGGGAUGGAAUUAACGAAACGCGGCGAGGAAAUGUACCUCAGUCAGCAGGGCUAUAUCGAGGAGCUUAUUCGCGCCUACGAGUUACAACCAGGAGACCACAGCAGGAUUCCUAUUGCCAAGGACGAUGCAGUCUAUGAGGUAUUGCCUGGUGAUCUUCCUCCUACCGAACAACUAAUCCAUCAGGCACAGCAGAUGACAGGAGAGCUACUAUGGUUGUCGCAGCGGUCGCGCCCCGACUUGAGUUUCGGAUGCUGUGUUCUGUCAUCAAUGUCUACACGAGCCCCAGCGAGAGUAGUUGCAAUGGCCCAUAAGAUGCUGAAGUACAUCAACUAUACCAAGACUUAUCAGUUGCGUGUAAACUGGGGCGGGAACCACAUGUACCUCUACCCCGAUGCGGCGUUUGCCCCUGGUGCAGCUAGAAGCCAAACAGGGUGGGUAAUUACCUACGGGGGAACGCCCAUUCUGUGGCGGAGCUCACGUCAAUCUACAACGGCCUUGAGUUCAGCAGAAGCAGAGCUAAACGCCAUUCUGGAGGGGAGUGUCGCGAUGCUUGGGGUCGAGGCAAUGCUUAUGGACAUGAAUGAGUAUGCGGAAGACAAGAUCGUAGGAUCGGACUCUAUGAGUGCGUUGUCUUUGUCAGCUGGAACGGGAAGCUGGAGGACGAGGCAUUUAAGGAUAAAGGCGGCAUGGCUUCAGGAGGCCAUCAGCAGUGGAGUCAUUAAGUCGAUACAUGUCCCGGGGGUUCGGCAACCAGCGGACCUACUUACAAAGGCGCUCUCAGGAGAGCGUAUCCGGGCAUUGUUGUCUAUCUGGGGCAUGGGCGAACGCAAGAGGCCAAGCCAAGGAGGAGCGGGAACUGCGUCUACGGCAGCAGCGAGGGCAUUGGUGGCUAUGAUUUGCUGCAUUAUGAUGGUGACAGUUGAUGCUCAGCCAACGUCAGGGACAACAGCGACGCUUCAGGUCGAUUGGGACCUAGCAGGUGUUUUAAUGGUGCUUCUUAUGGUAUUGGGAGCUCUACUACUGUGGGAAGUUGCAAAAUGGUCAGCGAUCUAUGUUUAUCAGGAGUGGACCCCUGGAGCUUCAGCCCGAAAGAUGAGAAGGUUGAGGAAAUUACGGGAUGCUACUUCGUUGGCAAUCGAGAAGGAGGUGAACCGACUUGCAGAACCAGGCGAGGGAACAGGGCAAACGAGGGAUCUCAGGGCCCCUUCUCUAUCAGAAAGCGAAGCUAACCGGAGAAGGAGGCAGCAGCCAAGGACUCCUACACCACCGAGAUCAACGCGGAUGCUUACGUCACCGAGAUCUAUGCGGUCGCCUACUCCACCAAGGUCAACGAGGACGGAGCCUCAGGAGCAGGUCCUGACAGCAUGGAGACCACAUAUGGAUCACCCGUCGAGGCCUACGAGAACCGAUGCUCAUGAACAGGUCUUGACAGCGUGGAGGCCAUAUAUGACCCAGCGACCAAGUACACCACCGAUUCCUCAGCAAAGAGAGGGGGAUCAGUCGCAACAACCCACAGCAAGGACACCGUCACCUAGACAACCAACAAGGGUUAUGUCGUCACCCGGAGAGCGAUGGUCGGAGAUGUCUGAUUCUACAAUCCACAGUGAAGAGCUCGAGAGGAUCUGUAUGGAUGUUAUAAUGCUAAUGAGAUGUGAAGAGAUAAAGCAAGCUUUGCGGCAAAGAUCAUUGCCAUCUUCCGGUCUAAAAGAAGACAUCGCCCGGAGGUUGUCUCUUGAGCUUGUGGGGCGAGUUCGCGAGAACAAUGGUCCUACAGUACGGCAGCUCAAGUAUCUGCUAUGGUUGUGGAGGAGUAGAGACUUAUCGGGAAAAACCUUAUUGGUCUGGGAUCAGCUACAAGAGCGAUCGCACGCUUCUCACACCAUCCACCGCUGGAAAUCUCUGUGA